CCGUAUAUAUAUGACACGCAUUUUGAAUUUAUUAUUAUUAUUUUUUUUGGAAGUGAAAGAAAGAAAAGACCGGUGAAGUUGACCACUAUAUAUAUAUAUAUAUAAUUAUCCUGCCUCUCCUCCAUCUCCACCAAAAACUUUUCUUCAUUUCAAAGAUUUUUUCGAAGCUCUUUUUGUACCUGUGGGUUUUCGGCCAUCAAUCGGAAAAUCAAAUCAAAUCUAUGAUGGGGAUGAUUAGGUGUUUGAUCUGCUGCAUCAUUAUCUCCCUGACUUUGUUCCUCUUUCCCACCACCGCUGCCGCUGCAUCUCAUCCUUCCUUCCCGUUUCUUCUCAGUCUCACAUCUCAAUGCCCUCUUUCCCUCCACCCCACCAAAUCCCUUCAAUAUGUGAACGGUGACUACCUCGAGAGAGCUCUAGCCACUAAAGGGAAAAACAGUUAUACUGCUGUGCUCUUUUAUGCUUCUUGGUGUCCCUUUUCUCAAGCUGCCCAUGUGAACUUCAAGGCGUUGAGUUAUAUGUAUCCACAUAUUGAACAUCUAGCCGUUGAACAAUCAUCGGCUAUGCCUAGCCUGUUCUCCCGGUAUGGGAUACACAGCUUGCCUACUAUAUUAAUGGUAAAUCAAAAUUCAAGAAAACGAUUUCAUGGCUCUGCUGAGUUGGAUCCUCUUAUCGAGUUCUACCAGAAAACUACAGGAAGUGAACCAGUUCAUUAUGUUAUUCUGGACCAGUCUGAGAGCUCAGUGUCCAGUCAAAAAACGAUUAUGCAAUCAUGGAUUGGGGCAUCCAUGGAAGAGAUAUUUGCUAGAGAACCGUACCUGAUACUCUCAGUUUUGUUCAUCAUUAUAAGGUUUCUUAUAUAUGUAGCUCCGAGAAUCCUCUAUGCUCUUAGACCCAUCUGGGUGUCAUACCGGCCUCGUAUUAACUUGGAAAUUUUUGGGGAGACUCGUCAAAUCUUGGGCCACAUACUUCAUAUUAUUGAUUUGAAGAGAAUUUGGAGUAAGCUGAGGCUUUGCAAAACCAGAAACUUCCAUCGGGGCGCGAGGAAUGCACAAGUGUGGGCAUCUUUAGCAUCUGUCUCUUUAGGUAAAACCUCAACAUCAUCUUGAGGAUGCAUUUUGUGGGGAAGGGACCUUCGAUCUAAAACAGGUGUCAUGGGGGCUAGCUGUCUCACCUAAAUGUGGUUGAAAAAGGGAAACCUUGUAGCACUAGCCUCAUUGGUUGAUAGUCAUGUGAACUUGAACAAGUGAAAAUCCUUAUGGAAGGAAAAAGCUUUAGUUUUGUGAAGGGAGAGGUACUGUUUUUUCUUGAGUUGUUUUCCUCUACUUCCCGCAUCCCUGCAUUCUUGCUAGGGGGAAACAUAGGCUGUGAACAUUCUUGUAAAUUUUAAUCAGAAUAGCUAGCUUAACACGUGUAUAUUGUGUAACAAGAAUCUUUUUAACCUCAGGAAGCCAUUUUAUGUUAAACCUGGUUUUUUGUGUGAUGCAUCCAUCUGUGGUUUGUAGUAUCUGGAUAGAUAGACAUCCUUUAUUUCUUGUCUUUACCUUUUGUUUUUAGUUUUGGUGUGCUCUGAUGACUGAUCUGUUCGUUGUUGUUGAGUGGCAAAAUUACCUUUUCUUUUUGUUGCCCGUGGAGAUGCUGCCCCAAGGCAAGCUCUUUUCAUUUUGUAUUUAGUUUUCUCUGAUCUGCUCACUGUUGUUGAGUGACAAAAUGACCUUUUUCUUUUUUCUUGUGUGUGGAGAUGCAGUCCCAAGACAAGCUCUUUUCUCUACUGUUUUGGUAGUAGAACUGGUUACUGUAGUAACAUAUGACCUUCAGAUUGGUCUUAUACAUUUGGCCCAAUUAAUAUUUUCGUCCCGUAUAUUAAUAUUUGGAGGGACUGGUUCCAAACAUUUAUGUCCGCAACUUUUUUUUGUAGCAUUUCACUAUGCAGGCACUUUUUCUGUUCGGUCAGCGGCGGUCCACAAAGCACUGAGGGUUAUUUUUAUCUUUUCAUAUGAAUCUUAAUUUCCAUUAAAUUCAAAAAAUUUUAAUAUUAAAAUACUCAGAUUAAAUUAUUAAAA